CAUGCACACCUGCACCUGCCUCAGUCACUAAAAGGACUGUCUGUCUGUAGACCUUGCGUUCCAUACACUCGAGGAUAUCUAUCUCGAACGCUGAACUCUGCACCUUGACGAGAGCAAUGGCAUCUCUUGACGUCUCCACCUUCCUCGUUCUACUGUGCGCAGCACUGCAGACAGGUCUGGGUGCCCCUGUAUCAGCCGCUCCUGAGGGGGGCGACACUGAGCAAAAUGCCCCUCACAUCCGCACCAAACGCUGCUCCUGCUCCAACCAGCUGGACUCGGAGUGCCACUACUUCUGCCACCUCGACAUCAUCUGGGUUAACACACCAAGUAAAACCACGGUGUAUGGGCUGGGUAGCGCGCUGAGUCGCCGGCGUAGAUCUGUGGAGCGCUGUACCUGUGCACACCCCAGCGACCACACCUGCUCACGCUUCUGCCGCUACAGCACAGAGAAUCCUGCCAUAGUGCUGGCACUUCCCUGGGCUGCAGAGGAAGAGAAGGCACAGACCGGUGUACGAGCCAAUGAGAGAGCUUCACUUCCUCCCCACACUGGUCCAUCGACCAAUGACAAAGCCCCUCUGGCAUUUGAUCAUGCUGGACUGGCCAAUGAGAAACCCCAUUCUGAACUCAACGCUGCUGCGCAGACCAAUGACAGAGCUCCUCUUGCAGCUCAGAAGGCCUUGGACAGAGCACGCUCAGAUGCACUGGCUCUCAUCAGGGAGCUCAUCCAUGCUGAUAGCCUGGAGGUGGUGGAGAGGCCAUACCCACCUGGGAAGAAGUCCCCUUCCCCACGGCCCCAGAAGCCAGCCUACAGAUAAAUCUCCCCGUUGUCCCGGAGUGGCGAUAGGGACAACGUCGAGCAGAAGAACAAAGAAGAA